UUGAGACGAUUCUUGCUAUGAUCCAGGGUGGCUGUUGCCCAUUGAGGCUGGUAAGGUGGAAGGCCAACAGUAGGAGGAACCAGAGCCAACUUUUUGCCCCCAUCCUCCUCCCUGCUGAGUUCUAUAAUGGCAACACUAAGGAGGAGAAGGAGGAAGCUUACAGCCAAUGCCACUCCCUAGGCUGGAUAGUUUAAAUCUUUCGUAUCAAGAUUUGGGAGACCUUUACCAGAUAGAAAACUGUAAAAGGAUUCUCCGACGAUUAAUUCGAGUGGAGAGGCUUUGGCUGGUGGACAACUCACUGACAGAUCUAAGUGCCAUAGGCUUGCCAAGAUGCAAAGAACUGAAACUCAGCAAAAAUCAUUUUACAUCCUUCAGUCAGCUGCCAAAAAUACCUGAGAUUCAACAUCUGUCCCUUGAUGAGAACAACAUUGAGACUCUGCAGGGGUUAUCCACCCUAAGACACACUCCGUUAGAGUCUCUCGUACUCAAGAGGAACCCCUGUGAGUUUCAUGAAAACUACAGGCAGCUUGUGUUUUCCAACUUGCCAAACUUGAAAAUGCUGGAUGGGAUCCUGAAACUACCAGAGGACUGUCCUCCACCGGAAACUAGUUUUCUGUCAAAAAUAUGCACCAUACUAUAGCAUUAUAUUUUAUGACAGGACUGAAGGAAUUGCCACAUUUAAAAUAAUA